UGUCAUGUGGCUUUGAUUGGCUCAGCUGACAUCUGUUACAGGAAGCUCCUGACUCCGCCCACUGUGCCAUGUGACCAAAAUGCCCUUGUAGGCAUGGCGACCGCAAGCCUGGACGACCUGCAGCAGAUCAUGCCAGAGCUGGCUCAUGGGUUGGCAGAGCUGUUGAGCUAUGAGGAAAACGUGGAGGAGGAUUUUUACCUCACUUUCCAGGUGAACAGUGUUACAAGAAUGGGCAUGGUCAAAUGUUACAACCUGAAGCCUGGAGGAGACAGAAUUCCUGUCACCAAACACAACAGGAUCGAGUACGUCCAGCUCUACGUCGACUUCCUGUUGAAUAAAUCCAUCUAUAAACAGUUUGCUGCCUUUUACCACGGCUUCCACAGUGUGUGUGCGUCUGACGCUCUCAUGCUGCUGAGGCCAGAGGAGGUGGAGAUGUUGGUGUGUGGCAGCCCAGAGUUGGACAUGUGUGCGCUGCAGAGAGCUGCUCAGUACGAAGGCUACAACAAGACUGACGUCACUGUACGCUGUUUCUGGGAUGUCGUCCUCUCGUUCCCUCUGGAGAUGCAGAAGAAGUUCCUUCACUUUGCGACAGGAAGUGACCGCGUCCCUGUGGGAGGAAUGUCUGACCUCAACUUCAAAAUCUCUAAGAUCGACGUUCCGACCGACUGGUUGCCGGUCUCUCACACCUGUUUUAAUCAGAUCUGUUUGCCUCCGUAUCGAAGCAGAAAAGAACUCAAACACAAACUCACCAUCGCUGUCAACAACGCUGAGGGCUUCGGCCUGGAGUGACGCACACAUUAGUGUAGUGAGCACAUGAUCAGACGUCUUUGAACCACAAAAUGAAUAAAAUAUGUGGCCAGAGGUCAAAGGUCAGUCAGAGGUUUCAAACCUGUUGUUGUUUUGGACGUUGCUGUGUGUUUGUUUUGCUGCAGCAGAAACGUUGUAAUGUAGUGUUUACAAACACAACUGUGUUUGUUUGUUUAUCGUUGAGCAGUAAAGUGAUGAGUCAUCA